UAUAUUAAACUCAUUUGGUCCUAUUGAGAAAAUUCACAACACACAGAAAAAUAAAGUCAGCCAAGCUAAGUUUAGUGCAGAGAAAUGAAGAGCAAGAUUAGAGUUCUAUUUGAAUCAUUUAUAUCAUGUGGAAAACCUUCUAAAGGACAUGACAAAGACCAAGAACCAGUCCCUCUUGAUGAAUCCACAAUAAAUGCACAAGGACAAAGACAAGAACAACAUGAAGAUGAUGCACAAAGCCAAGGAGUACUAGUGAAAGAUGAACAAAAAAAUGCACAAUUAGGGCAAAUUGUGAAAAAUGAAGUGGAAAAUGCAAAAGUAGAACAAGUAGAACGGGUGUUUGUAAUGGAAUCUAGAGUAAAAAUAACAACAUAUAGAAACAUAGGAACAACUUCACAACAAGCAAAACGUUCACGCCAACGAUCACCUCCUGAAUUCAAGACCGGCAGCAGAGAUCUUAUGUGAAAAAUUCGAUUUCCUCUGGUUUAUUAUUACGUAUUAUUUCAUAAUGUAUUGAAUUAUUAUGGUAUAUUGUAUUGCUUUGAUAUGAAUAUAUAAUAAUUUGAUA